UAUCGGAUGACAGUUCUCGCACAGCCGACAACAACAUAGCAGAAUAACACGAACUUGGCGAUUUUCAAAUAUACUUUCAUCAUUCCUAAAAUGUAAAAAUGAUCAGAAUUUAUCAAAAUGAUAGUUAGAAUCAAAUACGUUACCGUGUACCUUUUCUUGGUUUUCGUGUUUUCGCUUGUUCUGUUUUGUUAUGGAUUUUUCCCUCUGUCCUUUUCACCAUCUACCAAAUCCAGUAUUACCGAUCUACCGGGAUCGUUGGACAAUGUCAAGCUCAACCCAGAAACAUACAAGCCACGGAACUCCCGUGCCGUGCUCAUGGUGAUAGAUGCGCUUCGAAUGGAUUUCAUUGCCAAUAAGGAAAGCAUGCCAUUUUUAAAUAAACUGAUUGAAGAUGGAUUUGCCUGCCAGUAUCAGCUACAAGUUCAUCCACCCACCGUGACAAUGCCCCGAAUCAAAGCAAUGACCUCAGGUGCUAUUCCAAGCUUCCUGGAUGUAAUAUUGAAUCUGGGAAGUCCACAGAUGACUUUAGAUACCUUUCUAUACCAAAUGGUACACCAACAGCGGCGUUUAGUGUUUUACGGAGAUAACACUUGGACUAACAUGUUUCCGGAUAUGUUUCUAAGGAAAGGAGAAAAUGUGGAUUCACUGUAUGUGAACGAUUUCUACGAGGGCGACAGAAACAUAACUUCAAAAAUGCGGUCUGAAUUCCGCAAGUACGACUGGAAGAUGAUGGUUUUGCAUUUUCUUGGUUUGGAUCAUAUCGGUCAUGUAGAAGGGCCAUUCAGUGAUAAAGUACCGGGAAAACUGAAGGAGAUGGACAGUAUCGUUAAGGAAAUCCAUGGAGCUAUGGAAAUAUGGAAUGAAAAAUUUCACUCCAAAUCUUUACUGGUCAUCACUGGAGACCAUGGAAUGCGUGACUCGGGAGGACAUGGAGGAUCGACACACCCGGAAACAAAUGUACCACUCAUAAUACUGGGCAACAAUUGCACACAAAGCACUAAAACAUAUCUACAAAUUGACAUGGCUCCCACUUUUGCUGUGCUCAUGGGUGUAGCCAUUCCAUUUUCAUCUAUAGGAUCGCUUAUCGAUCCAGUCCUCAAUAAUGUUCCUCAUGUAGACCGAUUGUACGCCCACUACUACAACACCAAAAGAAUGAUUGAAAAAUCACAAGUAUUCUACGGAAGUAGACUCAAAGAACAGGAAUUUUUCGUUCAGUACAAAGAAGCCAAGCUUCUCCAUACCAUGUAUUUGGAGCACCAGGAUGACAUGACAAUACUACAAAAAGCUAUAGAGAAAUAUACGAUUGCCAGCCGAAACUUGUCGAGGCUUCUCAUCAAAAACUACAUACGCUAUGACAUGCUUAGCAUUGCAAUUGGUAUUUUACUAAGCGUAACGACCACCGUUUUAACUGCUCUACUGUCUUUGAUACCUCAUCAAACCGAACAAAUCCAUCUUUAUCCUAAGUUCACCAAAUGGAUAGUUCUUGUUACUAUUGGUCUAAUUGGCAAAUACUAUCUCCAAACGUUCGGCGAAAUAGAAUCAAGUUUGCUCCAAAACAGCUUCAUCUGCCAUGCGUUAUUGGUACUAACAUGCACAAUCUUCGUAAUUAAUUGGAGCCUUCUGGAUGGAUUUCUUCCUUUACUAGAUAAAAACAAUCAUCUAACGAAACUUAGUUUACCUGGUGGACUGCUGCUGUUUGGCACCAUUUUCCAUAUGCUAUCAUUAUCAAGUAGCUCUUUUAUCGAGGAAGAACAUCAACUUUGGUACUAUUUCAACAAUUCGUUAUUCCUUUUGAUAACACUGAUCGAACUAAGGAUAAUGAAUCGAACGAUAGGACAGAUCGACAAUGCCAAAACCAACGAGAUGCUGUUGUCGCACUGCCGGCGCGAAAGGGGCGAGUUCUGCAUCAGUGCAAUGCUGUUUUUCGUUGGCCAUAUCAUGCUUCGCCGUUGGAACCAAACGGGCGAUAAAUGGCAGCAUAUUGCAGACGUCGGAGAUUGGCUUGGAAAGCAGGAGAAUAACUUCUGGUUGAGUUUAAUGUUGUUUUUCGGAUUAUGCUACCUUUUACUUUCCAUCGUUCGAUUCUGCGGAUUUCUAACUGGAAUCCUGAGUAUGACGGCCAGUAUUCUAAUCUAUUACUACAGGCUCAUGACAGGAAUUGUUAGGCUGUGGGACAUUGUUCCGACGAAGACAAACAUAUGCCUCAUCAUUUUCUGGAUCAACCUACUGGAAAUAUUGCUAAUAGGCUUUCUACCAAAACUGUAUCGAACUGUGAUGGGCAAACCAGGACCAAAAUCUAGUCAAAUGUUAGUCAAUGUCAUAUGCGUAACGUUGCUGCUCUCUGCACUAAUUCAUAAGCCACAUAACGUUAUUUUAGUAGCGUCAAUCGUGUCUUCUAGUCGUUAUUUAGUUGAGAGAAUAGAUCACAUAGCGGAAAGUAAAACGGAAAACUUGCUGCUAAAGAUUGUUACUCACGUGUGGAUGGGAAAGCUGUUCUAUUUUUAUCAGGGUAAUUCCAAUAAUUUGGCAACCGUUGAUCUCAAUGCAGGAUAUGUUGGCUUGAGCAGUUUCAACUUUACUCGUGUUGGAUUGUUCCUCACGCUCAACACAUUCAACGGUCAAAUUCUUAGUUAUCUCAUGCUGGUGUAUCAUCUGAUGAAUGGAAUUCUGCGAGAACCAACUAUUAAAUCCAUUGCAGUUGAGCAAAGUAGAAUAAUUGUAAAGCAAUCUUCGCUUAAACUACUGAGUCUAUUACUAAUGGCUCCACUAACGUUCUAUUUAAUAAUAGUGACAUUGAUGCGAAAUCACAUCUUUGUAUGGACCGUUUUCUCGCCAAAAAUCAUCUACGACUGCUUCUAUACUGUGUUAGUCUUGAUUCAGAUAAUAGUGCUCAAUUUUAUGUUCAAGUAACUUAAUUAAUGUGAUGCAAUAAAAGGAAUAGUUCGGAUCAAUGGAACAACGCCAACUUGCGGUA